AUGAGCGCGGCCGGGCUGGUGUCUGCCACGCCGCCGGCCCCCGCCCCGCCUGGGGCGCCCGCCGCUGCCAUGCCCCCCGGUCCCGAAUACUACGAGGAGGAGGAACUGGAGAGCGCCGAGGAGGAGGACGGCGAGCGGAGUGCUCGGGCCCGCGACUCUGAUGAGGACACUGAAGAUGCCAGUGAAACUGACCUGGCCAAGCAUGAGGAAGAGGACUUUGUAGAAAUGAAAGAACAGAUGUAUCAGGACAAACUGGCAUCUCUUAAGAGGCAACUACAGCAACUGCAGGAAGGUACUCUUCAGGAAUAUCAGAAAAGAAUGAAAAAGUUGGACCAGCAGUACAAAGAGAGGAUACGGAAUGCAGAACUGUUCCUCCAGCUGGAAACAGAUCAGGUGGAAAAAAACUAUGUCAAGGAAAAGAAGGCAGCAGCAAAGGAAUUUGAGGAUAAGAAGAUUGAGCUGAAGGAAAAUUUGAUUGCGGAAUUGGAAGAGAAAAAGAAGAUGAUUGAAAAUGAAAAGCUGACCAUGGAAUUAACAGGAGAUUCAAUGGAAGUGAAACCCAUUAUGACAAGAAAACUGAGGCGACGACCGAACGAUCCAGUUCCUAUCCCAGACAAGAGGAGGAAACCUGCCCCUGCGCAGCUAAAUUAUUUGUUGACUGAUGAGCAAAUAAUGGAGGACCUGAGAACGCUGAAUAAGCUUAAAUCACCCAAGAGACCAGCCUCUCCCUCCUCUCCUGAACACCUCCCAGCCACACCAGCAGAGUCUCCAGCACAGCGGUUUGAAGCCCGGAUAGAAGAUGGGAAACUCUACUAUGAUAAGAGAUGGUAUCACAAGAGCCAGGCUAUUUACCUGGAGUCUAAGGAGAACACUAAGAUCAGCUGUGUGAUCAGUUCUGUGGGUGCCAACGAGAUCUGGGUGAGGAAAACCAGUGACAGCACAAAGAUGAGAAUCUAUCUGGGACAGCUGCAGCGCGGGGUGUUCGUGAUCCGUCGGCGAUCAGCUGCAUGACUCUGUGCUCUUCCUUGGUCUCCUUUUGUUUGUUGUUUGU